CUCUCUCUCUCUCUCUCUCUCUCUCUCUCUCUUCCUGUGUUGGAGAGCUUUGCUAAUCUGAGAGAGAUGGCAGCAGAGCAGCUGCAGGAAGCAGAGAGGAGAAAUGGGGCAGCGUCGAACGCGAACUACGGGAAGUCGAUCCAGGACUUCGACCCGCCGAAGAAGCCCAAGAGGAACAAGUUCGCCAUGGCCUGCGCAAUCUUGGCUUCCAUGACUUCCAUAUUGCUUGGCUAUGAUAUUGGUGUCAUGAGUGGGGCAGUGAUUUUCAUAAGGAAGGAUAUCAAGAUGACCUAUGUCCAGGAAGAGGUUCUCAUGGGAAUUCUAAACGUCUACUCACUCGUUGGCUCAGCAGCAGCCGGCAGGACCUCCGACUGGAUCGGUCGCAGGUACACCAUUGUACUCGCCGGGGCCAUCUUCUUUGUCGGAGCCCUCCUCAUGGGCUUUGCCACAAACUACGCUUUCCUCAUGUUCGGGCGCUUCGUUGCUGGGGUCGGCGUCGGUUACGCCCUCAUGAUUGCUCCUGUCUACACCGCUGAGGUCUCCCCGGCUUCCGCCAGGGGAUUCCUCACUUCAUUCCCAGAGGUCUUCAUCAACGGUGGAAUACUCCUCGGAUAUGUGUCGAACUAUGCCUUCUCGAAGCUGCCACAGCACCUGGGAUGGCGGUUCAUGCUCGGGAUCGGGGCGCUUCCGUCAAUGGCGAUUGGAUUCAGCAUCAUGGCCAUGCCAGAGUCUCCUCGUUGGCUCGUAAUGCAGGGUCGUCUAGGGGAUGCAAAGCGGGUCCUCUUCAAGACCUCUGACUCCAAGGAGGAAGCCGAGCUGCGCCUCGCCGAUAUUAAGGAAGCCGCCGGGAUCCCCCAGCUGUGUGAAGACGAUGUCGUUCAGGUACCAAAGAGGAACAAGGGGUCCGGGGUGUGGAGGGAGCUGUUCCUCCGCCCGACUCCGGCGGUGCUGCACAUACUGAUCACCGGCGUGGGGAUCCACUUCUUCCAGCAGGCGUCGGGGAUCGACGCGGUGGUCCUCUACAGCCCGGAGAUCUUCACCAGGGCUGGCAUUACCAACUCCGACCUUAAGCUCCUCGCCACGAUCUGCGUCGGCUUCGUCAAGACAUCGUCCAUCCUCAUCGCCACCUUCCUCCUCGACCGCCUCGGCCGCCGCCCGCUCCUCCUGAGCAGUGUCGCCGGGAUGAUAGGCUCCCUCGUCUCCCUCGCCGUCUGCCUCACCAUCAUCGACCAGAGCUCCACGAAACUCAUGUGGGCCAUCGUCCUCGCCCUCCUCUCCACCCUGUCCUACGUCGCCUUCUUCUCCAUCGGGAUGGGGCCCAUCACGUGGGUCUACAGCUCCGAAAUCUUCCCGCUCCGCCUCCGGGCCCAGGGCUGCGCCGCCGGGGUCCUCGUGAACCGCGUCACCAGCGGCGUCCUCACCAUGACCUUCCUCUCCCUCAACAGGGCCAUCACCAUCGGUGGCGCCUUCUUCCUCUACGCCGCCAUCGCCGCCGCCGCCUGGGCUUUCUUCUACACGAUGAUGCCGGAGACGCAGGGGAGGACGCUGGAGGAGAUGGAGAAGCUCUUCGGCCGAUUCUUCCGGUGGAAGACGUCGCUGAGGGACCUCCAAGAGGAGGACAAGAAGGCGGUUAACGGUAACGUUGACGGCGGCCGUAGGGGGGAGGUCCAGUUGGGUGAGGGUACAAAUGGUAAUAGGCAGGGUUAGGCAAGGGCAAUUCGGUAAAUAUAGGUGGCAAGCGAUAUAUAUUGUCGAUGAUGAUGAUGAAGAAAUUAAAUUAUGGAAGAGAAGUCAUCGAAAAAGAUUAUGGAAAAGGAAAAGAAAAAUCAUUUCAACCGAAAAGGGGAAAAAAUGAUAGAAAAUUAGAAAAUUAGGAUGAAAAAUUCCGGUCGCCAUUUUAGUGGGUAAAAUUUACAUUUUUCAAUUUUCGAGACUUGUUAUCAGUGAAAUGGCUUCUCAAUCAUGUAAUGAAAUUAUAUUGACAAAAUUGGAAAUUAUCGCAAGUCUUUCGAUACUA